AUGGGAUUUUUGAGUGGUGUGCUUGAGGCGGUGAAAGAUGAAAAUGAAGUGACAACUUAUGAUAAAAAUGAUGAUAAUAACAUUAAUACAGUUAUUAGCAAGGUAAAUAAAAAUAUUGGCACCGGGCGUGAAGGGCUUGCGGAGUCUGUCGGCGCGGUGAAGGGGUGGUUGGAGGGGUAUGGGAAGAAAUUAGAUGAGAAAAUAAAUGAAGUAAAAAAUCCAAUAAAUGAAAUUAAAAACAAAAUUGAAGAACAUAUGAAAGAAAUUGAGAAUGAAAAAAGCGAUCCACUUUUUAGGCAGAUUGCGCGGUGGACUCAGCGAGCCGGGGACUAUCAUGCUAGAGUGGUGAGAUCAUCAAAUGCGUUAAUAAACGUCGACAGCACGCUAAAUGGUAAGUUAUCAUCGAACAUUGAAAUGUUGAAACAGGCAACACAAACGUUUGAAGAGGCAGCGAAAAAUGACGAUCUUAACGUUUUGUAUGACUUGGCGGGGACGAAGUGGACGGAAGUUACAGAAUUUAUAUCAUCACAAUUUCAGCAUUAUUCCGCUAGCCUGCAGAAACAUUUAAAACGUGAAAUUGGAGAGUUGCAUGACAAACAACGAAAUUUUCGAAAUUGUCAGUUUUCAGAGUUGUUCUCUUCCAUUAACAUUGAGAUGUUGAACGCAUUCAAUACUGUGCAAAGAGGUAUUGAUGAUCUAUUGAGCAAGCACAACAGCGUUUUUGUUCCGCAAGUUGAACAGAUUAAACAGAAGGCAAAAGACCUCCAAGAAUUAGUAGUAAAGGAGAAAGGGAUACUUAAAGCGCAAGUCAGAGAUCUAGGUGCACAGAUGGACGAACUUAGAGGAACUGGCGCAGCAGUUUUAGACAUAGUGCCCAAUAAUGGUGUAGAGGAUUUUGAAAAAGGUGACAAGGGUGAUUGGGAUUUGAAAAAAUUCAUACAAAGUCUUAAAGGAACGAUUGUCAAGGAGAUGAAGCAGCACGUUGGAAAUGAAAUUUUACAUACUAUUCAAGGCUUCACAAGCAUCAUUAAAGGUACAGAUUCAGACAAUUCCGGCCUUGUGGGAAUAAAGACAAAAAUUGUAGAACAAUACGCCAGUGGCUUUAAAACAAAUUUUAAGGAUGUUGUGAAAGGGUGGAUUGAAGAUAUACUAGACAAUAAUAUUGUUGUUAGGAAGUACAUUCAGCAGCAUUUUAAAGAGAAUUUGGCUGCAACGUCAACAAACAUUAUCGAUCCUGGAACGAAUUAUAUCGAGACCCAACACGCAGGAAAUAUUGCAGGUGCAAUUGUCGAACAGCUAAAACAACUAGGCGUAAAAAUGGUAGACGCCAAAGUUGGAGGUGGAAAGGGCGACGUUCAAAAAUGUAUUGAUGCUGUAUUUACGUGCAUCAGCGACUUCGUAAAUGACCUUAAAAAGCAACUUAACAACGUAAAAAUUGAUUACGCAAGUACUGCAGAUGAGUUCGUUGACAAGAUAGUCACCGCGAUCGAGGAUAAAAUAGUAGUUAAUCCGAAAGACGCCAGAAUAAAAUUUAACAUGAAGCGAGCCGUUCAUUCCAUUCUAUCUGCGCUUCAAUCUGCAGCCAGUCAGGCACUGGAUGACCUUGAGAACCUAGCCGGAUACGAAGAAUAUGAUGUAAGCGGUAAUAUGAAAGUGGGUGACAACGUUGACAAAACACUCAGUGCAGUUGAAGGGCUUUAUGUGAGCCUUAAAGAAGCAAUGGAUGAAGCCAAUGGCACGUCCCAAAACGAGGAUCAUGGUCUGGUCAGUAAGGUGAAAACGAUGGACAAAAAGGUCAGUGAGCGGGCAGUCAACGACAAACUGAAAGAUCUCAUCCAAGAAGCAACCAAAAAAGGCAUCACAGAACUCCAGAAAAAGGUUAAUGUAAUUGUCAGUGGUUCGCUAGAUGGCGUUGUCAAUAGUGAAUUUACUGUUUUAAAACCUACACUUACGAAAAUUAGAAAUACUUUAGCAAAACUGCGAAACGAAGUUGAACGCGCGGAUAAGUCUACGGGGUUGCCUAAAGGUGAGUCUACUCUCAAUCAACAAGCAAAUGAACUCCACUCCACAAUCGAAGCAUUUUUGAGAGUCAAUGUUGGCCAAGGUGACGACCCUGCUGUAGGCAGCCUCUACAAGGAUAUGCAAAGCUUGCAGAGUAGUAUUAAGAAUCUUGGCGAUCAAGUCAAUAAAGUGAUGGAGAAAGUCGAAAAUGUUCAAAGUGAACUCGCCAGCUGCAUUACAAAAGCCGAACAUCUGCUAAGCGAAGCUCCUAAAGAUAUUGAAAAAUGUUUCAAGGGACUGAAUAUCGCUGUUACAAAGAAAAUUGAUGCCGUCUUUGAAGAAAUCCAACAAAAAUCUAAGGACCUCUACACCGCAAGGAAAACUCAAGAAGUUACAGCUUUGCAGAAAAUUGUUGACGACCAGUUCACCGACAUUAAGCAAAUUAUCGACGCUGACAAAGACUUAGGCCUCAAGGGCUAUCUAUCAAAAUUGCAUGAACAAUUCAUGCCACCGCUUAGUUCUUUCACUCAACCUGCAUCCCGUGCCCAUCUACCCGAAAAGAAGCUUUCCGACUUUGCUCCAGUUGUCAAAAAUAGCUUUCAUGAUUUCCUCCAAAACUUGCAAUCACAAGGCGAUUUGACAAUCCUCCACGUUACUUUUGGAGAUAUUCUAAAAGCUCUCGAAACAUUUCUUACUCCCCUGACCCACUUUAAUCACUCCUUCACGACCCAGUUAGAGAGACUUACAGAAGAGGUCGAGAGGUUCCGUCACUUGCUGCUCGCCAACACCGCCCAGAGAGUGUCCUUGAGUCUCGUCCCAGGGUUGCGCGAUUUCGUGAAGGAGUUGGAAAAGGCGUACGUGAGCGUGUAUGAUGGACAUCCUGAUCGUAUUGACUUUGAUAAUUUGGUUAAGAAAACCGGACAAAUAGUUGACUUAAGUGGGCCUGCCAGAUGGAUUACUGUGUCAACCCCGGAUGGCACUAAGCUCGCCAAAAUACUCCUGACGAUUUUCAACUUUAUUUACGAAGAUCUUGAUAAACUAAACAAUAAGUGUGAUGGGCCGUGGAGAGAAUCGCAUAUAUGUGAAAUGGAUGGAGACAAUGAUAAUCGUCUCGGCCAAUUCAUGAAACGCUGUGGCUAUAAGGUCGCAGGAAACAAGGAUUCCAAGGAAGGGGAGUUAAACUUCCCAUCGAGAAAUUUUACAGGCAAAAACAUUCAUACUAACCUUAAUGCUACGAAAUUCGGCGACGGCCAUGUUAUUGCUCAACACCUUUCAAAAUGUGAAUCGAACGAAGAGGAUGAAGAAGGCGAAAAAGUUAAAAAGCACAAUUUCGAUUUCUUUGACCUCCUCAAUUGCCUGCUUAGUCAUGUCAAUGAGUACAACGAAGUAUGUUAUCUGUCCACUUUACAGGCACGAAGACAACCAUGUUCCGUCUACGAAAUGCUCGUAUGGCUUUCGGGUCUCCCACAUCAUCCCGUAUAUACGGAUAUGAAAGAUUUAACCACGCUUGGAAUUAUCGACGGUUUGAACAAGAAUAGAGAGGAAGAAUUGAGUGUAUCGUUCGUCGACAACUCAUCCCUUGAAGCCUAUCCGGAUAAGAUCACGUACAACAGCGUACAAGGAGCCGUAACGGAGGUAUGCUCCAAAGCGUAUGACACCGUCGUCUGCAUUGCUGGUACCGGAGACGCUCAGACAGUUUACGGCUGCGAUUACUCCAACAAUUCGUUCAACUUCUAUUACCCGCAAGACGGUGAAGGCUGCCUUGACAUGCUCCUCGACGUACUUCGUAGGCUCUUCCCUCCGCUUAAAUUUCUGCGAAAUCAGUGCAAGUACCGUUCCAAUCAUCUCGGUUGGCGAGAUUGUCAGUACGGGAUGGAUGUUCCCACGGGCAAAUCGCAGUGUACCGAGCACUCAAGGGACCAAGUAACGGACCAACCAAAGUGCCGACCAACGUGCCAGGCAAGCAGCAAAGUAAGCUGCCAACCAAAUUCACCACUUAUGUCCUAUUUGAAUGAUUGCUUGCCCGGGCAUUUACCGCAUCACCUAACUAAAAUUGGUUGCAGAUACGAAUGUGCGACUUGCCCAUCCACCUCCAAGAAAGGAAUGCCGUGCAUGACUCCCCUUGGAUUCAGAGGAUUCUCUGGUAGCAUAAAAACAGGCAAAGAUAUAUGUGCCAUACUCGAUUCGUUCUUCAGCAUCCGAAAAGUUGAGACGCUGUUCACUCUGCUGCCUAAGCCGCCGUCCAGUCUGCCAGAGCACUUUGGUUUCGCGUUGUCACUUGUUGGCGGCUGGUAUGAAUAUAGUAACGAGGCCAAGAAUGCUGUACAGAAAGCUUUCGAAGAUUCCAUUAAGACCGUUUCCAUUCAGUUAGUUGACAAACCUAAUGAGCUAACCGACGCUAUAACUAACGCGUAUGGUUCCGGUUAUGCUAAGCAUAACAACUGCCUGCAUAACCACGUCAAGAAUUUAACGACGGGGGAUAUAUGUAAAUACGAUACCGCAAAUGUAGAUUGCGCUCCUUACAUGUCUUCUCUGUGCGCUGAUUCAUAUUAUUAUGUUGCCAAAGCGCAUUCGGACACCUACUUGUCCUGGGCAGUUUACUUACCAUGGAACUUCUGGACGUUGCUCAGCAAUUUAUACCAAGACUUCUGCAACAUUAUGUGCCAAGAUUGGGGUUGCCGUAAUUGCUUGAACAGUAGACAGUGCAAACGCGGACAACAUGGUCUUACCGAGAAAGUUGACAAAAAGCCUGAAAUCCCACACUGUAAAUGCGAUUCUAUGGUUAAGUGCAAAGGUGUCGCACCUACAUUCUACAGAUAUGGUUUCUCAUUUGGCAACGUAAUCGCAUUGAAUGCUGGUACGAAAAAGAGGCUGUGUUCGGACUUCUGCACAUUGUUAGACAAUAUAUUGAAAUCAAAAUAUUUCGCUGACCUAUUUGACAAGUGCGACGAAUUCCUCUUCAAAAUCCGCGCCCCCUUCAUCUGGCUCAACGUAGCCCUGUGGCUCCUUUCCCUGCUCUACCUCCUCCACAUCAUGGUCAUCCGCCUAGACCUGCUCCACAUCAAAUCGCAUUUGCAUAGUCCCUCAUCACAUCGCAUAGCAGCUCAAUCGCUACUCGCCGCUGCACGUGUUAACAAGCUUAACAGAGUGUUUUACCUGCAACCAUAA